AGUCACACACCUAUAUAACCCCCUACCAGUUUAAUCAUUUUAGCGCCAAAUCAUAAAAUAAAAAAACACACACACAAGCACAAACUCCAGAUGGCGGAAUCAGAAAAAACUGCAGCUGCUGGCAAAUCAAAAGAAAAAACUUCAUUACUAGAUAUAGACAUCGAUAAAGACUUUCUUGGUUCGUGGAAGUCAAUGUCCAUGGGAGACGAUGGAAUGGAUUUUGAUUUUGGACCACCCGCCCAAGGCAAGAAAAAGACUUUUAACUUUGACAAAAUGGAUAUGGAUUUCUCUUUCGAUGGUGACUUUGGCAAGUUACCCUCCUUUAAAAUGGACAUGCCUGGUCUUGAUAUCUCAUCCCCUUCAAUGAAAUCUGGAAAUUUGAAGGAUAAGUCUAAAGAAGUAUCUUCUGGUGGAGAGAAUCGAUCGAAAAGAGAGAGCUUUCAGUUCUCAUUUGAUUUUGAUGAGUUUGCAGAUCUAGAUUUUGGGUCCAAAAAGAAAAAGACAGAUGAGAAAUCUAACAUGCGUAAAGAUAAGGAAGCACUUUUAGAUGCGACUACAAGUGGAGGUUCUGAAGAACCUGUGGCUAAAGACGUUGUUGCAUCUGUGGGUGAUGAUAUAUCUUCAAAGCAUUCAGUAUCACAAGAUGUUUCCAUUUCAAAGGUUGCUCAAAUGGAUAAAAUUAGGGAUAUUGAUCCAAGAAAUGAGGAUGACCACUUAAAAUCUGUAUUAGAUGAAAACUGUCAUCAAAAUCCUGUGAAUGCUAAAGAACUAGACAUACAGAGAGAAUAUUCACCUGAGAAGAUAAUGUCAUGUAGCCUUCAGGAUCCUGUACAAGAAUCUCAGUCAUCAGAUAAGAGAUCUUCUCCUGAACCUCAUGCUCAGAAAGUUACACAAGAUUGGUGUGGUCAAUCUUCAACUGAUAAUGUUUCAACUGAAGCUGCAUUUUCAGACAUGCAAGAAGAAGAAUCUAGAACAAUGGUUGAAGUGGUGAGUUUGAACAAAGGGGAUGAGAAAAAGGGUUACGUGAUGCCUAUGCCUGAAUUGGCUCAUAGUAGAAAUUUAUCAGAACAUGUGAAGUCACAGAGUGAGAGUGAAAUGUGUGAGAAGAGGGAUGAUAACGUAUUUGUUGGCCAUGUUCAUGGUGAUGAUACAAGUAAGGCUGAUUCACGUUUUGAAAGUUCUAUAACUCCUGGAAUUGGAAAUUUGGCUCCCGGAGAAGUGGUUGAUAAUAAGAAUGCAGAUUCAUCUUUCAAGUUUCAUUUGGACUCUCAGGAUGGUGGCACCACAUUUGAUGAGUUGGCGUCAGAGAAGAAAAGAGUGAAUGUUCCCGUGCUGUCAAAAUAUUUCAAUAAACAAAAUGGAAGUCAAUCUGAUUUGCAGAAAAUGCCAGUCUCUUCAACAAAACUCAUCCCCAUUGGCAACAAAAGAGUGAGCACCUUAUCAAGUACUCCUGCAGUUGAAAAGAGGGAGUUAGGGUCUAGAAGUGUCGAUACUGGUACCAAACUUACAGGGAUAUCAAGGUCAUUACCCAACGUGCCCAGCAGAGACAUACCUGUUCAGGCUGAGAGCACCGAGACUGCUCAUGUUAAAAGCCUUGAUAAAUCUCGGGAGUGCUUGAAGACUGAUAUUAUAAAACCCACAAAUGAACCAGUAAGGACCAUCGUUAGCCAUAAUAUUGGUCAAAGAAAGGAGGAACCUGUUUCAAAGGGAAGUGACCAUAACACUGAAGAUACUAAUGCAUUCAGGUCUGCUGUACAUCCAUCCAUUUCGAUUGAACAGACAAAUAAAAUUCAAUCACAGAAUAGCUCAAAUCCUGGACUACAAGUUACAAGUAUGGCAUCUAUUCCAAACAUGAGGAAACUUGUGGAAAAGAAAAUGAUAUCCUCUACUAACGCUGAGAUCAAGAGGGUAUCUGAAGUUUCUACCCCAAGAAUUUCUAGAGUUGCAGAACCGAUGUUAAAGACACUUAAUUCCAUGCUAGGGAAGGGUUUGACAUCCACGAGAAGCAAGGAGAUAGAUAAGGGAUUGCAAGGGAAUGUGGUGUUGAAGGGAAACCCAUCUGCUAACAUAAAGAAGCAAUCACCAUCUACUCCAUCCCUGAAGCGUAAAACGUUUGAGGGAUCUGCUGAAAUCACAAAAUUAACUCCAUUGAAACGUCUCUCUGUAUCACCCGGCAGCAACACUACCAGGACAUCCUCGGAAAGAGUUAUUGACAAACAGGUUUACAAGCAUUCAAAUAUGGCAAACGAGAAGUCACCUAGGCUUGAUAUUUCACACAUGGAAGUGGAUAUAUCUUCUGAAAUAGAAAAUGAUGACAUUUUUGAAAAGGCCGAGGCAUGUUCCAAAGAACUUGAAGAUAUCUGUAACAUGCUUAAAAAGAAACAUGAGGAGGCAAAGGAUAUACUUGUUCGAGCUAUCGUCAAUAACAAUAAUCUUUUGAUGCUCAACCAUCCAAUCUAUCAAGAUAAAAUCAAUAUGGUUCAGAAAUUUGCUGCAGGGCUGAUGCUCAAGUAGCACCAAACCUCAGUGUGUUUGACUAAAACCAAAACAUGGCAUAUAAGGUACUUCCUUUAACCCAAUCCCCUAUGCAGUGCCAAUACAAAGGUAAAUGGUAUUCUUACCAUCUGUUACUUUUAAGCUCAAGUAGCAUAAGUGUCUGUUUGCUUUUGGUAGAAGAUUUUGCAUGCUGUAACGUUUUCAGGUACACAUGUAUGCAUUCAUAUUGUUGACAAAAUUCUGUUGUACCUAUUCCUUCGCUUUUAAAGCAGUUUAACUAUGCUGAGAAAAGAAUAAAGUAGUCUCGUAUUCGUUAUACUUUUGCUUGAAUGUGCUAAAUUAUUAAGUUGUA